UGGAACUUUGAAAUCGUUUGGGAUUAAGUAGCGAUAUCAAUGCUUUUGGUUUUUUCGGUCCGAAAAUUGGAUCCAUGAGUGAGAAAGAUCACAGAAAACAUACGAGAAGGGCCCAAACCACACAGGAAACGGAAGGUUGCCCAUCCAGCCAUAAAGAAAGCAAAAGCUAGAACAAAAUAAGACAUGCCCAAUUAAAGAGCUGUCCUCUCUUCAGUCCUUGCACAAUACAACAAAAUAACCCCAAAUUAGAGAAACCCCAAGUACAAUAACUAACCCUAACCAGACCAACUUGCCACCGUGGCUGCCGUUGCCGCCUCCAUCAGGAAACCAAAGGACAGAGGAGCUGUGAAGAGGGAUCUGUAGAGAAUGGAGUUGGGAAGCAAGCCACCAAUAUUCUUCAUACUCAAGUGAUCCAUAAAUUGGUCAAUCGAGACCAUUGAGCCUCGUCUUCACUGCCGAAUUCGACAAAUUGGACCAAAUUAUCAGAAAGUAUUGUAGGAUUUAAUUAUGUUCAAGUUAAUAAUUAAUUAAUAGGUUAUCUCUGCGAGUCUGAGACAUGUGCGUGUGAGAGAGAGAGAGAGAGAGAGGGGUGAGGGUGUUUGGAUGUUGAAAUUUUUGAAUUACAUUUAUUUUAUUUUCUGGAAUAUUUGGUAUGGUGUCAUUUUGAUUUCAAUUAACAAGAGAGACACUAACUAGAAAAAGGCUCAACAGGGACCUUUUAUUGGAGACUGAAAUAAAAACAGUCUCUAAAUUUUUUACAGCCAAAGUAAACUUUUAGCCCUUCACGAGCUGAGUGACUUUACGAUACGGCUUCAAUACUCCAUUGAGGGCUUUUGGGCGAUUCAGACGGCAACCAAACAAGAAGGAGGAGGAGGAAGAAGGAAGAGAGAGAACCCACCAGCAAUCGCCGUCGCACCCAGCGCCGUCUCAGAUUCAUUUGGUUGGGUGGGUUUCUUACGCAGCUUAAGAUAAGUUUGAGUUUAUGGUUUUAGAAGCAAGGUGUUCACCAGUUCUGCUUCACUAAGCAUUUUGCACCCUUGCUAGAGCAGAUAGCAAAAUUGGAGGAAGCCCUUUUCAACAUCCAAUUUGAACAACAUUGGUUAAGAGGUUGGGACUGACCACCAGGCAACAGAUCGACAAUGUGUUCGUUUGUUUAAAGCCAGUGUAGUUUGCAGGUCCAAGAGAAAGAAGGCAUAAAAUCAGCUUCGAACAACCAAAACCGCCUCACAACCCUCUCAGUUUCAGACUUCAGAGCUGAGAGAGAAAUGUUUCGGAGCCGAGUCGUACCGUUGUUUGUGAAGAAGAACAGCAAAGCUCUGUACAAUCUCUGGGGAACGACGCCGUCUAGGGUUCUGAACGAGGAAUCUUAUCGAUUAUUCUCUACUGGAGCCACACGAAAAUGCUUGGAUGGCUUUCGAUCUUUGUCUAAGGGAAAUUAUGUACCAUCUAUAAGGAAUAUGUCCACUGUUGCUUCUGUAGGCAUCGAAAAUAAGGAGGGAUUGAAGCUUCUUGUAAAUGGAGGACCUCGUGCUCAGAAAAUGGUUGGCAUUUGGCUUUUUGGCUCUGCUGCAUGGGUGUUUAGUAUGGUGAUACUUGGCGGUAUUACACGACUAACGCGAUCUGGUCUUUCGAUGACUGAUUGGAAAUUUACUGGGAGGCUUCCUCCUCUCUCAGAUGAGGAUUGGUUGCUUGAGUUUGGGAAGUACAAGCAGUCCCCUGAGUUUAAGCGUGUAAAUAAAGGGAUGAGUAUUGAAGAUUUCAAAUUCAUCUAUUGGAUGGAAUAUGCACAUCGAAUGUGGGGAAGGGCACUGGGAAUUAUGUUUGCAUUGCCCUUCUCAUAUUUUCUCCGUAAGGGGUAUAUUACUGUACAACUUGGACUGAGACUGUCUGCUCUUUUUGGUCUUGGUGCUGGGCAGGGUUUAAUUGGUUGGUGGAUGGUUAAAAGUGGUUUAGAGGAGCCAGCAUCUGAAUAUGCUCAGCCAAGAGUAAGCCCUUACCGUCUUGCAGCUCAUCUUACUUCAGCCUUUGCUAUAUAUUGUGGCCUUUUAUGGACAGGUCUUUCUGUUGUCAUGCCUGAACCACCUUCUGAAUCACUAGCUUGGGUUCGUGGGGCAGCAAAGGUGAAGCAACUUGCUCUUCCUGUAAGCUUACUUGUCGGAGUAACUGCUGUCUCAGGAGCAUUUGUUGCCGGGAAUGAUGCUGGGCAUGCUUAUAAUACUUUUCCAAAGAUGGGGGAUACAUGGAUCCCAGAGGAUGUUUUUGACAUGAAGCCACUAAUCCGGAACUUCUUUGAGAAUACAUCUACUGUGCAGCUUGAUCAUCGUAUCCUUGCAACUGCAACUUUAUUUUCAAUUGGUGCUUUGUGGUGGUCAACAAGGAAGUUUGACAUACAUCCUGCAGUUCGGUCUUUGAUUGGAAGUGCUGUAGGCAUGGCUGGCCUUCAGGUCACACUGGGAAUAUCUACACUGUUGUCAUAUGUGCCUGUAGAGCUUGGUACAGCACAUCAAGCUGGGGCUUUGACUCUCCUGACACUGAUGAUCCUUCUCAAUCACACUUUGCGUAGGCCAUCGCCGUAUCUUCUUAAAUCACUACCUCAAGUUGCAAAGACAAUCUAGAUGACUUUGUAGUACAAUUUGAGAACAACUAUUUGACAUUUUAAUUGGAUGAAGGAAAAAGAUUUAUUUGAUUCUUGUGCUCUACGUAUAUGUCACUGGCGAUCCAACUGGGAGUUAUUUUCUA